GUCAAAUUUUAGUUUUUUUAAUUUCAUUUUGAAAUCGUUUGUCUUCAUAAAAGGACGUCAAGGGCAUAAAAGAAUCGCUCAACGGACGAGGCAGGCUGUUGCUAGUGGCCGGACUGAUGGUUGCAGCAUAUUUUAAAAAUCUGUGAAAACAACAUGUAUGUUCAAUCAUUUGGCCAAACCGAUAAAACUAUGUCUAAUCUAGUCGGGGAAUUUAUAUUUAACACUGCUUAGUAAGUCACAGGUAAGACACUUCAAGACUUUCUCCUUCGCGAUAAAAUUACAAAAUCGAUAGCGAUAAAAGACAGAACGCCUGUAAAGUCACAGAAGAAUCUGUUCUCACAGUACGUGGCUGAUAAAACACCUUUUGGUGUUUUUGUAUUGAGGUUUGACGAUUUUUCAGUCGUGAAAAACAUACCAACUAGAGCGUCGAUCGUUUGCAAUGGAUAACAAGACAAUCGUGAACAACACCACACGAGAAGCCGAUAACGGAACCGAUUCUUCAGGGGAACUCGAUUUCAUUUCAGAUGGACUCACAACAGGAAUUGUGGUCAACACCUUUCUGAUACUUUUAAUCGUGGGAGGUAAUUUUCUGGUGAUUGCAGCUUACGUGAAAAAUCACCGACUUCGCACUGGAACCUACUCGUUGUUAGUGAGCCUGGCUUUGUCUGACUUACUCGUUGGAGGUGUCGCUAUCCCAAUCCGAAUCUACGGUUCCAUCAAGAGUUGGGAUGUCAGCGUCAUAUUUGUUUUAGCUUACAACGCGUUUGACAUCUUCAGCGCCGUAGCGUCCAAUCUUCACUUGAUGGCCAUAUCAUUCGAGCGUUUCAUAGCCGUUUCGCGACCGUUUUAUCACCAAACGCUCUCCGUCUCUCCGUACGCGGUAGCGUCAAUGAUGUCCUGGACCUUAGGGAUUGUCGUCGCCUCAGUACACCCAGCAAACUAUUUACAAAACGAUAGUGAUAUAUCGCUAAAGUUGAGACUCCUUGAGGUAUACUCUGUCGCUUUAUUUGCCUUGUGCUUCUUGGGGCCGUUAACAACAAUCACAAUUUUAAACAUCGGGAUUUUCCGCAUUGCAAGAGUGCUAAUCCGACGCGAUCCAUUACAACACGGAAACAUGGGACAAGGAAGGCUGAAAAAAGAGCGUAAAGCGGCAUUGACGCUUCUUGUUAUGACUGGGGUUUUUUUCAUCGCUUGGUUUCCAUUUUUUGUUGUCAACAUGUUGUACCUGUACUGUAUCACUUGCCUCCCAUCCUCAAUCAACGCUCAGUUUGUAAUGGUGGACAUCAUAAAAUGGCUGCAUUUCUCCAACAGUGCCAUCAAUCCAGCCAUAUACGCUUACCGGGAUAUCGAAAUGCGCCGAACAUUCGCCAGACUUCUCGGUCCCUUGGGAAAGUUGUGCGGACUCAAUCAAAUCGAACCGGAACAUACGAAUACACAAGUUGUUAUCGACAUGCAGACAAGAUAGUAAGGAAACUACCAUGACUGUUUAAUUGACGACAAUGGUCGCAAGUGCUAGGCUAGGCAGGCCGUUUUUCGAAGAUCAGCUUGGGAUAUUGCGAUUCACAAGUCCAGCAUUACAAUAGCCCACUCUAACAGAACAAAAAUGUUUAUAAUUUACACGUUCGCUAAAAGAGCAAGAUCUUUUGUUUUCAAGGUCAAUGACCAGUCAACUGGCAAUGUAUAUGCUUUGGAUAUGGUUGCUCUUGUAGUUAUAACGAAAAUUAUUUACCAGUAUUGGUCAAAUAUUCCUCAGUCGAAUUUAAUUAGAUCUUUCAGGACACAAAGUACAUACUUUUUCUACUACUUUAUAUCAGUUCAUAGACAUCAAAAACGAAAAAAAA